AUGAAGUCUCUUGAAGAUUUGUUGGCGUUAAACGUAACGCGGGACCAUCAGGCCCUUGUUUGCAUCUCGCUCCCUCCCAACAUUCAUUCAAGCGGUUAUUGGAGAAAUUCUAAGGUAGAUGAUGAAUCACCCUUUUCUGCUUCUCGUCCAUUGAGCGUCAAAAAACUCUCAAGUGCUACGUUGUCAGUCCUCGAAGAGCAAAUAGCUUUGGCUUUUUUCCUCACCCAGUUCCUUCAUCUCGCUCUUAGGUGCUUUGGAAUCCCCAUCUUUGUCACUCAGAUGCUGGCAGGUAUAAUCCUCGGUCCAGGGAUGUUGGGGAGUAUAUGGCCUGGAUACGAAAAAGUCAUGUACGACAUUGUGAGUCAGGACGUGAUGGGGACGUUAACGGUGUUGGGUUACUGCAUGUUUUUGUUUCUGAUGGGAGUGAAAAUGGACAUCGGCAUUGUACUUAGAACAGGGAGGAAGGCCUUGUACACCGGGGCUGGCUCCUUGCUAGUGCCUUUAUGCAUCGGUCUGUUCACUCUUGGAACCCGAGGUGUUUUUCUUAACUGGGAGUUAGAGCAAAAUGACUUACAGGCCCUUGCAUUAGCCGUAGUCACAAACGCGCAGACUUCAUUUACCGUCAUUGCCUGCCUCCUCGGGGACCUCAAACUCCUCACUUCGGAACUUGGCCGCUUAGCACUCUCCUCGUCUAUUGUGUCUGACAUUUUGGGUUUGUCUCUUCGAACUGUUACCAAACUGGUGAUGAGCACUGGAAAGGAGGGCGGAUUUUUUCGCAACACAAUUGCCGUGCUCGGUUAUAUCCUUGUUGUUUACUUUGGGGCACGCCCUGCUAUGUAUUGGAUCAUCAGACAGACGCCCAAAGGCCAGCCUGUUCACAACGGCUACCUUCUUAUCAUCUUGAUUGGGGUCUUAUGCUCAGCCCUAUUUUCGUUCUAUUUUAAUCAAUAUCUUUUCUUUGGCCCUUUCGUUUUGGGCUUAGCUGUCCCGGAAGGACCCCCGCUCGGCUCCUCUCUCGUCAAGUGCUACGAUUUCAUGGUGUCCGACAUUCUUCUUCCACUCUUUGUAACCUCCAAUGUGUGGCUCAUGAAUCCCAAAGACAUCAAGUUUAAAGGAAAAUUUGCAAUUCCUAGUCUUGUCCUCCUCAUUGUGUCUACUCUCUCCAAAUUUGGAGGCAGUUUAUUAACUGCACUUUACUGUGACAUGCCUCUAAUGGAUGCUUUGGGACUCGCUCUCAUAAUGUGCUGCAAAGGUGUCGUGGACUUGGGCUCCUUGAGCACCGUCACCAAAGAUAUGCCUUUGAAUGAAGAGAUUUAUGCCAUUAACGUACUUGGUAUCCUAAUGAUCGCAUGCGUUGUGUCAUUGCUUUUGAAACACUUCAACAUAUCCUCAAAGAAGUAUGGAGGAUAUGAGCAAAGAAACGUAGCGUGUUUGAAACCCAACUCAGAGCUCCGCAUACUUGCAUGCAUUCACAAGCAAAACAACAUUUCAGCCGUCAUCAAUUUUUUGGAUGCCUGCUGUCCAACUAAAGAGAGCCCCAUUUCCCUUUAUGUCCUUCACCUCAUUGAGAUGUUUGGCCAAGCUGCCCCUAUCUUCAUUUCCCACAGAAUGCAAACCAAGACACUCUCCAAUUGCUCGUACUCGGAGGACAUGCUUCUUUCUUUCCUUCAGUUCGAGCGGGACUUCAGUGAAGCAGUGACCGUACAACCUUUCACAGCCAUUUCUCCAGCCAAAUCAAUGCAUGAGGAUACAUGCACCCUUGCCCUUGACCGAGCCACGUCUCUCAUAAUACUCCCCUUCCAUCGACACUGGACUCUUGAUGGCUCCAUCAAGUCCGACGAUAGGGCUAUAAGGUCCUUAAAUAUCAGUGUUCUCGAAAGAGCACCAUGUUCUGUUGGGAUUCUUAUCAACCGUGGACCUCUAAGACAAUUAGCACUGGAAAAAAACUCAUCAUCUGAAGCAGUACAAUACAAAGUCGCCUUGAUCUUCUUGGGAGGAGAAGACGAUAGGGAGGCAUUAGCCUUAACACUAAGGAUGGCAGCGGAUCCAAGCAUCAGCCUGACCGUCUUUUAUCUCACAACCUCGAGAGACUGUGAGGCCACUAACUGGGAUAGGAUAGUUGAUUUGCAGAGCUUAAGAGAGUAUAGGGAAGGCUAUGUUCAUGCUUGCGGAUCAGCAUUUUAUGUAGAGAAGAUUGCAAAAAAUGGACCCGAAACGGUGUCAAUACUUCGGAGUAUUUUGAACGAAUACGACCUUUUCGUUGUUGGAAGAAGAAAACAUUGGGAAAGUCCUCAAACUUCAGGGCUUGAUGAAUGGAGUGAAUUCCCAGAGCUUGGUAUUAUUGGGGACAUGCUUGCCUCGGACGACUUCUGGUGCAGAUCUUCAAUCUUUGUGGUGCAACAACAACAAACCACAUAG